AUGGAAAUUCCCACUACAGAAAUUAUUCAACGUCGUGACAAAUUAAAUUGUGGUUUUUUGGUGAUAUUAGCAACACAAGUCCCUUUUCCGCUUCUGAACUUCUCACACCCCAACAGAACCUUUUCCACAAUCAUAAAGUUUGCUAAUUCCCAUAAAUCAGAAGCAAUCCAGGUUGGAAUACAUUGUCUAUUUUCCAAAUUUAAAGGGGUUAUCUUGUUAAAUUUGAAUCUUUGUGGAUGGAUUUUGUAUCAAAAGUUUUUAUCAUAUGUCGCUUUUGUUACGGAAAAUUGUGGUAGUUAUAAUAAUUUCGAGGUUUUAUUUCUAUGCUUCAAAUCAAUGGAUACAGUUGGUUUGGAAUUGGGCGAAUGUUUUUUUUUUGAGCAAAGCGUUAAAAAGCAUGUACUAUUUGACUCUCCUAAAUUAAUUAUUGACCUCAAACUGUGCAAAAAAAUAAGUAGCUAUACUAAAGUGGUUGAAAGCAUCUUAUGA